AAUGAUGUAACAAAUUGUAAAUUAUUCUUUAUCAAACGAUAAAAAUGUAUAAAUUUCGGGAAAACAAGUUCAAACAUUUAGUCGAACUGCCACUACAAAAUGAAACUUCCAUUGGCCUUAUUUCUGCUAACUUGGACACUUUGUGAAGGUGCCUCAUCCUGGAGCCGCUCCUGGCAUCGCACCUGGAACACAGUCCCUCAACCCUCUCAAAGUAGCUCAUGGUCAAGAUCCUGGAAUACUCAACAAAGUUCGUCAGUACCUCAAACCAAGUCUAGCAAUAAUAAGGAAGUCCUAAGUGGAGAUAACUGUUCUGGCGAUUGCAAUACAUCUAUACAAACAUGCCCUUCGUGCAUUAAUACGUGCAGUUCUAGCUGCGCCUCCAAUUUGCAGUGUUUGAAAGAAUGUCUCAAUCAAUGCAAUUGCGAAAAUCCAGAAUUAGUUCCCGAACCGGAAACUCCAUGUUGUCAAAUUUUACAUCCCCCAACUUGCUUCAGUGACGAUUACGGCAACAAUCAAUGCAUCAUAAGAAGACAUAAAGAAUGCUCCUCGAAAAUGUGUACUUCCCCAGUGGUUUCCAUACAACCGGGAGGAAAUUCAAGAGGGUGUCAUUAUAUUAACAAUUAUCCUUAUGUGUAUUGUGGCAACUACGAGCGACAUGAUUGUGGCCAAUGUUAUUCGUGUGAGGGAAGUUGGAAUCCGCAACAGUGUUCAAAAACAAGCGGUUGUACGGAAGGGUGUCGUAAAACAAUGUAAAACUAUUGUAGUAACACUUUUAUUUGAAAUAAAUUUAAAUUUCGCGCGCUAUUAGCGCUGCCAUGCA